UGACAGCCAAGUGACAUUUCAUCAGGAAAAAGAUAAUUAUAUUCGCGCAUUAAAAAUCCACAUCGAAUAAUGCAAAAAUAACGCAAAUUUCACAACUAAUUUAAGGCUUUACUAAAUACUUUCAUCUCGUAGAAACACUGCAAGGAAAAUACGUAUAAUCGAGCAACAAUUUUAAUAGGAUAGCCACAAUAAUCAGAGAAGCCAAGAUGUCGGUGGACGCUUACGGACCGAGUUCACAAACGCUUACAUUUUUAGAUACGGAAGAGAACGAUUUGAUUGGCGGUGGAACGCAGGCCUCCGAUUUUGAUUACCGAGAUCUAACUUUAGCGUCUCAAACUCAAGCUUCACAGCUGGAAUGCGGCCUUGGAGCUGGCAGUGGUGGUAUUUCAUCCCAGACAUUUGGCCGCAAAUUAGAUUUGCAAACGAAAUUGGGCACCACCAACGGCUCUACAGAUCUACAAUUCGAAGAGGAAGACGAAGACAAUGCCCUGUGUCCCGUUGAUGUAUUACCGCAGCAUGCAUGCAAAUAUUGCGGUAUUCAUGAUCCCGGCACCGUUGUAAUGUGUAACAAUUGCAAAAAGUGGUUCUGCAAUGGCCGUGGCAGUACAUCUGGCUCGCACAUCGUUAACCAUUUGGUCAGGGCGAAGCAUCGUGAGGUCACUCUGCAUUCGGAGGGACCUUUGGGUGAAACCGUCUUGGAGUGUUAUUCCUGUGGUGUACGUAAUGUAUUUGUCUUGGGCUUUAUACCGGCCAAGGCGGAUUCAGUAGUGGUAUUACUAUGUCGCCAACCCUGUGCAGCCCAGAACUCCUUAAAGGACAUGAACUGGGAUCAGGAUCAGUGGAAACCAUUGAUAUCGGAUCGUUCCUUUUUGCCAUGGUUGGUAAAGGUACCGACGGAACAAGAGCAGCUGAGAGCGAGGCAAAUAUCUGCAGCUCAAAUCAAUAAAUUGGAGGAGCUUUGGAAGGAUAACAUUGAAGCAACCUUUCAAGAUUUGGAAAAGCCAGGUAUUGACACUGAACCGUCACAGGUUUUGCUACGCUACGAAGAUGGUUAUCAAUAUGAGAAGAUAUUCGCCCCAUUGGUUAUGUUGGAGGCAGAGUACGAUAAAAAACUAAAGGAGUCGCAAACACAGGAAGGCAUUGAAGUCCGCUGGGAUGUUGGUCUAAACAAAAAGACCAUAGCCUACUUUACGUUGGCGAAAACGGAUUCGGACAUGAAGCUAAUGCACGGCGAUGAAUUGCGUUUACGUUACGUGGGUGAGCUUCACAAACCAUGGGAAUCCAUCGGUCAUGUCAUUAAAGUGCCCGACAACUUUGGUGAAGAUGUUGGCUUGGAAUUAAAGUCUUCCGCUAAGGCACCCAUUCAAUGUACUUCAAAUUUUGCCGUCGACUUCAUUUGGAAAUGUACUUCGUUUGAUCGCAUGCGUCGCGCUCUUAAACUAUUUGCGCUCGAUCGCAAUUCCGUAUCCAAUUAUAUAUAUUCGCGACUACUAGGCCACGGGCGUCACGAUGGAACCGACGAGGCGGUAUUCCGAGGCCCCCCACCAAAAUUGUAUAGUGCACCGAACUUACCCGACCUUAAUCGAUCUCAAGUCUAUGCUGUGAAGCAUGCAUUGCAGAGACCUCUCAGUCUUAUACAGGGUCCACCGGGUACAGGCAAGACGGUUACGUCUGCCACAAUAGUCUAUCAGUUGGUCAAACAACAUGGCGGCACAGUGCUGGUGUGUGCCCCCAGUAAUACUGCUGUCGACCAACUGACCGAGAAAAUUCAUCGCACCAACCUGAAAGUUGUUCGUGUCUGUGCCAAGUCUCGCGAGGCCAUCGAUAGUCCUGUUAAUUUCUUGGCUCUCCACAAUCAAAUUCGAAAUAUGGAGACCAACAUUGAGUUGAAAAAGCUGCAGCAAUUGAAAGACGAGACAGGCGAAUUGUCAUCGGCCGAUGAAAAACGCUAUAGAACUUUGAAGCGAGCCGCUGAAAAUCAACUUCUCGAGGCCGCAGAUGUAAUAUGUUGCACAUGUGUAGGUGCUGGAGAUGCCCGCCUGCAGCGUAUUAGAUUCACGUCGAUACUUAUCGAUGAAUCGAUGCAGUCCACCGAGCCGGAAUGCAUGGUACCCGUGGUGUUGGGUGCCAAGCAGCUGAUCUUGGUUGGUGAUCAUUGCCAAUUGGGUCCUGUGGUCAUGUGCAAGAAAGCCGCACGUGCUGGUCUCUCGCAAAGUUUGUUCGAACGUUUGGUGGUCUUGGGUAUAAGACCAUUCCGCUUAGAAGUUCAAUACCGUAUGCACCCUGAGUUGUCGCAAUUCCCCUCGAACUUCUUCUACGAAGGUUCGCUGCAGAAUGGAGUGUGUGCAGAAGAUCGGAAGCUCAAAAUCGAUUUCCCCUGGCCUCAGCCAGACAGGCCAAUGUUCUUCCUUGUUACCCAGGGUCAAGAGGAAAUUGCAGGAUCGGGUACCUCAUAUCUGAAUCGUACCGAGGCAGCAAAUGUGGAGAAGAUCACUACACGCUUCCUGAAGGCCGGCGUCAAACCAGAACAGAUUGGCAUUAUUACUCCAUACGAAGGCCAAAGAGCCUACUUGGUCCAGUACAUGCAGUAUCAGGGAAGUUUACACUCCAAACUGUACCAAGAAAUUGAAAUCGCAAGUGUGGAUGCCUUCCAGGGCAGAGAGAAGGAUAUCAUAAUAAUGUCCUGUGUCAGAUCGAACGAGAAGCAGGGCAUUGGUUUUCUCAGUGAUCCAAGGCGUUUGAAUGUUGCUCUGACCCGAUCGAAAUAUGGCACCAUUAUUGUUGGCAAUCCGAAGAUACUUUCUAAACAGCCCCUCUGGAAUCACCUUUUGAAUUUCUACAAGGACCGCAAAGUCUUGGUUGAGGGGUCGUUGAACAACUUGAGGGAGUCCAUGAUACAAUUCCAAAAACCGAAAAAACUUGUAAAUACCCUAAAUAUGGGUGCACAUUUCAUGAGUACCAUGAUGGCAGAUGCUCGCGAAGCAAUAAUACCCGGCUCCUUCUAUGACCGCUCUGGGCAAUUUGGAUACACUGGCACCACAGGAUCCAACAACUAUGGCUACAACUUUGGCAACAACCUGAUUGGUGGAAACAACUCAGCCUUUGGUUUUGGCAAUACUUCGCACAUGCAAAAUAUGGGAGGCCUGGGAAAUACCUCACACUUGAGCAGUUUUAUGAAUCCCCAAGGAGGCGGAGCAGGCAGUGGAGCGAUGGGAGGUGGUUUUGGUGCACCAGGCUCUCAGCGCCAUAAUAUCAACCAAUUGACUAACUCCGGACUCAAUAAUGGCCCCAAUAACCAACAGUGGCAUAACUUCCAACAUGAUUCGAUUUCGUACAUAUCCACGGAGAGGGCUCAAGCAGCUAUGAAUAACAUGCCAGUGCCUGUUGGCAUGUUCAUGAACAUGAGUAACAUACCACCACGUUUCUAUAAUCAACACCAACAAGCCAUACAGGCUGCAGCUAAACAAGGGCGACGGGCGGGUGGCAGUGUCGGUCCCAUUGGCUCAUCUGCCAUGAACAUGCCCAGCAAUAAUUCGAACAAAAAUGUGGCAAACAAAGCUCCGGGCAAGGGAAGGAAUACGAAUACUACCAGUAGUGCCACAACUAAUGCCUUGACCUCGAGUGCUGCUGCUUCCACUCAAUCUUCACAAAACUCGGCGGCCAUUUUGACCCAGAAGAACAUGUCGCAGCAAAUGAGUCAAAAUGUCUUCACUGGCUUAUCACAACAACCAGAACUUUCUCAAGAUUUUGGUCAGAUAUCACAAAUGGAUGGUAUCUUAUCGCAAGAUGUCGGUUUCGGAACUGACGCACUUAACAAUGAUCGCUUAAACUUAGGACUUAAUUCACAGAGCCAAUUCUCACAGCCCUAUUGAUAGACAGCAAGACAGGUUGGUGAUCUACGGCCACGUAUAACGUGCAGUAGAAGCAACGACAGCAGAAAGAAAUAUUAAAAGCAACAGAUGACGACGACGAUGAUGAUGAAACCUAGAAAACAAAACAAUCACAAACAAAAAUAACAACUCUAAACAAAAACGACAACAUUCAAAAUGAAUAACUUUUGAAGGGAAAGACCAACCGACCAACCAACCAAGCAACCAUCACAAGAGGUACAGCCAGAAACAAGGUUACACAUUUCUCCACCACAACACAACACGUUGAUGAUGAAGAAAGAACAAGUAACAAAUACAAAAACAACCCAAACGACCAGCAACAGCAGGAGCAAAGUACAACAACACUGCAACGAAGAAAACAACUUGAAUUGAGUCAAACACCGAAACAGCUGUUGCCGUUCCCAUCGGAGGAGCAACAGCAAAUAUGACGACGCUAGCGGAAACCGCACGAAGUUAAUCAUAUUGAAGAAGGCAAUUGCGAAUUGCGAAAUUGCUCUUGGCGAUCGUAUCUAAUUGCUACAAUACCAAGAAUCUCGGUGGAAAGAACAAUAAGUUGUUGUGAUGAACUGUUGUUGACAGUGUUGAGAGUUGGCCCGUCCGACUUUCAAUAAAAGGGGACCUUUAGUGUGCUUGUGUGCUUUUUUUUGCUAAAGAUGAAAAUAACAAGAGAAAACUACUACUACAACAACUACAGGAAUAAUAGUGGUAACAUGUUUUGUUUACAACACAAAAAGAAAAUUGAAGGUACAUUCAAUGACCCUGCCCAUCUAAGAAAAAGAAAAACUCCUUUCCAAACACGAUCCUGGGGCCACACCUACACGGGUGCCUGGGAACUGUCGAUUCCAAUUCGUGGCCGAAGGCAACACACGCUCAAUUGAAAGAGCUCUAAUGAAGAGUUGUCUCUUUAACAUGUUGCAGCGCAGAGGAUGGAUCCACAGUCCUUUCCAAAAAUACGCCGACUUUGUGGCUACAGAAAACAAUGAAAAUCUGUUGGAGAAAGGACGAUGACACACUUUUCUAUCUCGGUCAUUUUCAGUACCAACUUUUUUAUUUGCAUUCUACCCAGAGGAACAGGAACAAUCUCGUUUUGGAAACUCAAACUAAACUCUAAAUACUUUUUUGUUUUGUUUUAUUUUAUUCACGGUUCCACAAAGAUCAAAAACCGACAGCAACAAACCUGACUUUGUGAAGUAAUGAAUUUGAGCGCGGGGUCUCUGUUACGAUUUUCUUUAAAUUUUAUUUUAAUAUUUCUUUAAAUCACUCUGACCAAGGAUAAAGGAAGAAAACACCUGAAAGAGGAGGAAGAAACAAAGAUAUUGCAUCGUUGUUCCGGCGGUUCUUUUAACGGUUACAUUUUUUCUUAUACUUUCUCUCUCUCUCUCUCUCUCUUUAACUAUCUUUAGUUUUGUUCUCUCACGCAUUAUUAGUUUGGCGCGAUAUUACUACUGGUGAGACUGCAAUCAACAUUUAUUUGAAUCAAGUUCAUCUGAUUAUAUUAAAAUACAACAACAACAGCAACAACACAAUAUUUCGUUUGUAUUAGUUUGGCGCGAUAUUACUACUGGUGAGACUGCAAUCAACAUUUAUUUGAAUCAAGUUCAUCUGAUUAUAUUAAAAUACAACAACAACAGCAACAACACAAUAUUUCGUUUGUAAUCAAAAACAUAAAAUGUAUUUCCAAAAAAAAAAAAAAUAAAAA